UGGUGCACUGAGGGUAACCGCGGCUGGCUGUAGAGAGGUCGGCAUCUUCUCACUGAGGUGCAGUCAUGUGUCUCCAGUAUUACCUCAACGAACAGGGAGAUCGUGUCUAUACGUUGAAGAAAUUUGACCCUACGGGACAACAGACUUGCUCUGCCCAUCCUGCUCGGUUCUCCCCUGACGACAAAUACUCAAGACACCGAAUCACCAUCAAGAAACGCUUCAAGGUGCUUAUGACCCAGCAACCGCGCCAAGUUCUCUGAGGGUUCAUUAAUUUCGUG